AUGGGUGAACCAGCGGCGCCAGAGAUCCCGAAGCAAUGCAAAGCCGGUGUUGUGGUGAAUGAGGGACCGGACUUUAGGGUGGAGGUGCAGAUGGUAGAUGUACCGGAGCCUAAGGACGAUGAGGUGCUGUUGAAGCUCAACGCUACCGGCCUUUGCAUGAGCGAUGUCCACUUCAUGAUGAACGACUGGGCCGUGCCGCCCAUGUCGACCUUCAACACCAAGUGUGCCGGCCACGAAGGCGCUGGCGUUGUUGUCAAGCUGGGCAAGAACGUCACGGAUUGGAAGAUCGGUGACCGCGGUGGCGUGAAGCCGCUGUGGGAUGUCUGCCACAACUGCGAGGAAUGCUGGAAUGGUCGGGAGAACUACUGUCAGAAGGGUGUGUAUACUGGGCUCGUGGCGACGGGAACAUACCAGCAGUAUAUCACUAGUCCGGCCAAGUAUACCAGCCGCAUUCCCGACGGCGUCCCUGAUGAAGUGGCCGGACCAAUUAUGUGCUCUGCAAGCACCAUGCAUCGCGCGCUCAUAGAUUCGGGCUUGAAGCCUGGCAAUUGGGUGGUCUUUCCGGGAGGCGGCGGUGGUGUUGGUAUCCAGGGCGUGCAGUUGGCGAAAGCCAUGGGCAUGCGACCAAUCGUCAUCGAUAGCGGCGCAGCAAAGAAGGAUCUUUGCAUGAAGAUGGGCGCCGAGGAAUUUGUCGACUUCAAGGAGCACAAGGACGUUGCCGCACGCAUCAAGGAGGUCGCGGACGGCGUUGGUGCUCAUGGCGUGCUAGUGACAGCCUACCAAGCCUACAAAGACUCCAUCUCAUACAUCGGUGACCGCAUCGGCGGCCGCAUCAUGUGCAUAGCUCUCCCCCCAGCCGGUACGGUCAAUUUAGGCACGGAUCCGAACUUCUUCUCGUUCAAGAACCUGCACAUCAUUGGCACGUUGGUCGGCACGAUGCAAGAUACUGCGGCGGCGUUGGAUUAUGCGAGACGUGGAUUACUCAAGAAUAUCUGCGAAGUACGAGGCAUGAGCGCGUUUCCGGAGAGUGUGCAGCAGCUGAGGCGUGGUGAGAUUGCUGGUCGUGUGGUUAUUGACUUCAACAAGGAUUGA